UUCCGUUAUGCGGAUCGAGUCGAAAAAUCUAUGCUUGUUGUUGGCCUGAUAUGCGCAAUCGUGAGUGGCAUUGGCCAACCGGUUCUGGCUAUAUUGAGCGGACAAGUGACGAAUGUGCUGCUCACUCAGGCUCCUGGCAGUGAACAGUUCAACAGCAAGGCUUAUUUGUGUGUUUAUUUAUACCUCGGUAUUGGAUGCCUCGUUUUAGUAAUGAAUUACGCACAGUUCAUGUGUUUGCAAACGACAUGCUGUCGACUAGUGGCUCGCUUGCGCCAGCAAUACAUCCGAUCCAUCCUUCGUCAAAAUGCCGCAUGGUUUGACCGAAAUCAAAGUGUUAGCAUUAUCAGCACUUGUUAUAGCAAUAUCGAGCGUAUACGUGAAGGAAUUGGUGAUAAGCUAGGACUGCUUGUUCGCGGCUUUGCCAUGUUCAUAUCCGCCAUUAUCACUGCAUUCAGUUUUCAGUGGCGUCUCGCGUUGGCUAUGGUUCCUGUUGUCCCUAUAAGUUGCUUCAUUAUGGCACAAUUAGCACAGCAAAUGGGUUCGAGGACAGCAAAAGAGCUGAUUGGCAUUGGAAAGGCCGGAGCUAUUGCUGAGGAAGCAAUCCUGGGUGUGCGCACAGUGCAAGCAUUCAACGGACAAGAAGAGAUGGUGGAGCGAUAUAAAACACAGCUUUCCAGAGGCAAGAAAUAUGGCAUCUCGAAAAGUUGCUGGAGUGGAUUUCUUGGUGGACUGUUUUUCCUGGUGCUCCUUAUAUUCAUGGGCGGCGGGAUGCUGUUCGUUUUUCAUUUAAAUUUAAUGAAAAAAAGAACUGAAAAUAAUUCGCAAUCAGUUUCUUAG